CACAACAGAAAGAUAUCAACAAGGAAGAAACUCGCUUGGAGUCUAUCAAAAUGAAAACCCCAUUUCUCAUCAUUCUGACCAUCCUCAUUUCCACUGGGUAUGCCCUCCAAUGCCAGUCGUGCUUUUCUUUUAGUAGUUGGCAAGGCUGUGACAAGGUUCAGAAAGCGGUGAGCUGUCCGUCCGGCUACGACCGCUGUGGAAAAGGGAUUGUAGAGAGGAAAGGUACUGGAAUUCAUAUCACAGGCUACAGUAGAGGCUGUAUGAACGCAAACGAGUGCAAUUCUGCCACAAAUAGCGCGUGCAAUCUGGAUGAUGGGUCAACAAAAGUUACCAAAUGUGAUAUCCACUGCUGCCACGGUUCCUUAUGCAAUGGAACCAAGUUACCAAUGGCCAGCACCACACUGUUUUUGGCAUGCGUUUUUGCUGCUUUUUUCUAGUUGAACUCAAGGCGUUGUAACCAUCUGAUGGUUUAAAGAAGAGAUGCGUUCCAUUUAAAAGUUAUUCGUCAUAUUCUGUUUUUCAAGCCAGUUCAUGUGAACUCUAGUAAACUUUUAGGCAAUUUUUUACAAACAGUUUUCUUAACAAAACUGCUUUCAUUGGCGAAAAGUGUCAUUAACAACACUUGCUUUUCCGACUAAGCCUAUUUAAUCAUUUCACUGCCAUGAUCUCAUUAGUGAUUCUCCUUUCUGUCUGCGAUACAAUUCUUAUGUAUUUGGCUUAAAGAAUUUAGUAUGGAUUUACUAAUACUUCCUUCGUUGAUAUUGUUCUUUAUUCUCAUCCCUUGUCUGCUUGAUAUCAUGUUGAUAUUGUAAGGAGAAAUUCUGUCUUCAUCACUCAUGGGAGUUAGUGAGUUGAGGAACUUUUUAAUGGGUAGAUAUUUCAUCCUGAAAUAUCUACCCAUUAAAGUUUUUCAGGAAAAUUUUCCUUUUGGGUCCUCCCUGCCCGAAAACGCAACAAGGUAUUCUCUUCUACUUUUAGUAUUAAAUGAUUGCUGUAAUUUCAAGAAACAAAUCUAUAUCGAGACACCCUUUGGUGAGAGCAACAAAGUGAGUUCAUUAUCUUGUUUCGCCCGUGGACUAACAAUUCAUGCGUUAGGGGUUUUGAAAGUCGUAUCUGCCAAAUAAAAAGACUAGAUAAUUUUUCGAUUAUCAACCCUUUUUCAGGUUUUUUUCGCAAACAGGUAAUUUCAGUAAAGAGAUGAGGCAUCGUGAGGCUUUUAUGGAAAUAAAGAUGCUUUUUAAGCGA